AAUCCUCUCAACUCAUAACCAGAGAAUAGCUAGCCUCGCAAUCCUUAACCCACCAAUGGCUACUCAGUCUCAAGCAUCAUCAGCCCUUCUUCUCUCCCUCCUGCUGCUCUCCGUAGCGGCAACGUCGCUGGCCGCUGGCAAAGGCGGCAUUGCCGUCUACUGGGGCCAAAGCGGAAAGGAGGGAACGCUGAAGCAGACUUGUGCUACGGGCAAGUACGCAUACGUGAACCUCGCUUUCCUCAACAAGUUCGGCAAUGGCCAGAAGCCGGAGCUCAACCUCGCCGGCCACUGCAACCCAGCCACUGGCGGCUGCGUCGGCCUUACUGAAGACAUCAAGUAUUGCCAAAGCAAAGGCAUUAAGGUGCUGCUCUCCAUUGGAGGUGGCAUCGGCACCUACACUCUAAAAUCCGCUCAGGAUGCCAAAAACGUCGCCGACUACCUCUGGAACAACUUCCUGGGCGGCCGCUCGUCGACACGCCCACUGGGUCCAGCAGUGCUGGACGGCAUAGACUUCGACAUCGAGAGAGGCAGCACUCUGUACUACUAUGAGCUGGUCAGGUACCUCUCGGUCUACAGUAAGCCAAGCAAGAAGGUGUACCUGGCCGCGGCUCCGCAGUGCCCAUUCCCAGAUAGGUAUCUCGGCCGUGCCCUCAACUCUGGGCUGUUCGAUUAUGUUUGGAUCCAAUUCUAUAACAAUGCUCCUUGCCAAUACACCCCAGGGAAUGUUUCAAAGCUAUUGAGUUCUUGGACCAAAUGGACGUCGUCAAUCCAGGCCACCAAGUUCUUCUUGGGACUACCUGCCUCUCCCCAAGCAGCUGGAAGUGGUUAUAUCCCCACAAAUGUGCUCAUCCAUCAAAUCCUGCCCAAAAUCAAGGCUUCUCCCAAGUAUGGCGGUGUCAUGCUGUGGAAUAAAUACUUAGAUGACAAGAACGGAUACAGUAACACUAUUAAGGCUUACGUUUAAAUUGGGAAUAGUAAUUUGCUCAUGAUCAGCUGAAUAAAUCCGAAUAUGUAUUACUCAUGUAAUAAAUAAACAACUUCAUUCACAUCCUUAUCAUGUAAUAUCAAUUAUCAGGGUUGUUAACUUAGAAAUAAAUUUCACUUUAUUAAUUA